AUGAGAGAGUUCUUGGAGCUGGGAGAGAAGGGCAUAGAGCUACAUUAUUGUCACAGCUCCAGUGCAAAAACUAAUGAAGCAAACCGCAGACAUGAAACUUAUCUUGGCUACGUUUGGUGUGAGGAGCAAAAUCAUGCCAAAUUAGAAAUUCAUUCCUAUAAAAAAGAGGCGUCUUACGCUCAUGCCUGUUAUUCUCAGGAGGAGGACGCUCGCGGUCACGUUGCCGGCUUCACCGUAGCCAGUGAGAUCAGCGCUCGUGUUUGGCAGAUGAAGAACGGCAAGCAGUGGCUGCUGGGAAAAACAUUCGACACAUUCUGUCCACUAGAGCCUGCUCUUGUUACCACAGAAGCACUGAAGGACGUCCACAAUCUGGGGAUCCGGUGCCUGGUAAACGGUGAUGUAGUUCAGGACAGCAACACCAGUCAGCUGAUCUUUAAGACGGAGAAGCUGGUGGUGUGGGUCUCGCAGUUUGUGACUCUGUACCCAGGCAAAGUGUUUCUAACAGGCACGCCUCCAGGAGUGGGCGUGUUCAGAAAGCCACCCAUCUUUCUAAAGAAAGGACACAUCGUGGAGUGUCAGAUCGAGGAGAUCGGGUUCAUCCGAAACACAGUGGUGUGA